AAUGUUAACUAAUUAUUCAACCAACCCGAUGAACAUCCACGCUGUAUCGAUGACAUAUUAUGAAGCUCUUGAAGCAGAAUUAUCCACAAUAUUCAAUCAAUUUUGAUGGGGUUGUGCUGCUCCACAACCACCACAACUCAAACAUGCUGAUUCAAAUAGUAUGAGCUUCAGAAAGACUACAAUUGGAGACCUCAGCUUGCUGUGUGAUCGUCAACGUGAGUCUCCAGUGAAACCACCAACCAGUCAGGCCAGAAAAACCAUGAAGAAUAGGAAGAAUAAACUGCCUAACAUUACGAAGAACCUCACCACGAUCCUAGAGAUGAUCAACUCCAAACAAGAAGUGAGCUUCACUAAGACCACCAAGAGCUCCAGAGGCCUCCACAAUGGAACCUCAAAGAGAAGAUCUCGCUACAUUGGAGUGCUCGGCAACGGCACGAGCUGGCAAGUGCUGAUCAAUGUCUGUGGCAAGAAGAAGUAUAUUGGGACCUUUGAAGAUGAGAAAGAAGCUGCGAUUACCCAUGAUUUCUACGCUAUUGGACUCAAUGGAAUGGGUGCUAAAACUAAUUUCAACUACGAUUCAAUGACAGUGGAAGACAUGAUUGUGUCCUAUUUCGCCAGUGAGAAAUCCUUCAACCCAUCUGGAUUCCUAACGAGAGUAUAAUGGAGGCCCUUGAGCAUCCAUGUUGUAUUUUCAUAUAAGCAGAUAUAGAUAUUGUCAACUUAAUUUGAUA